CAUUUACCGCCGACUAAAGCAGAACACACGGCAACCAGCGGAAGGUCGGAGACCUUUAUUGUCUUUUAUUUAUUUAUUUUUUUUCUGUAAAUGAGAGACCUUUAUUGUCGCCGGCAGUGACUUCCUUUGAUCUCUAACUGGUCCGAAAAAGUAUUAAUCAAGAACGAAGGGAGGGUUUUCACCUCUGCUUCGCACUGUACUCUAUCCUCCUGCUUUGGAACAACGAUCGGCCCUAUAGUUUCAGUUUACCACCCACCAUUCAGGACAGCUACGUCUGCACAAUAUGGGGAAGGCGUCAAGGGAUAAGAGGGACAUCUACUAUCGUAAGGCAAAAGAGGAGGGUUGGCGUGCUCGAAGUGCCUUCAAACUCCUUCAGAUUGAUGAGGAAUUCAACAUAUUUGAAGGAGUGAAGCAUGUGGUAGAUCUAUGCGCAGCUCCUGGCAGCUGGAGCCAGGUCUUGAGUCGCAAAUUGUAUCUGCCAGCAAAGCUGUCACCUGAUGCAAAGGAUAGCGAGCUUCCACUUAUUGUGGCUAUUGAUUUGCAGCCAAUGGCUCCAAUUGAAGGUGUUAUUCAAGUGCAGGGUGAUAUUACCAAUGCUCGAACAGCUGAAGUGGUCAUUGGACAUUUUCAUGGUUGCAAGGCUGAUUUGGUUGUCUGUGAUGGCGCUCCUGACGUUACUGGCCUCCAUGACAUGGAUGAAUUUGUUCAGUCACAACUCAUUUUGGCAGGCUUAACAAUAGUUACUCACAUACUUAAGAAUGGCGGAAAAUUCAUUACAAAGAUAUUCAGAGGAAAAGAUACAAGCCUCCUUUACUGUCAGCUAAAACUAUUUUUCACAGACGUGACAUUUGCAAAACCAAAAAGCAGCCGUAAUUCAAGCAUAGAGGCAUUUGCAGUUUGCGAAAAUUAUAGUCCCCCUGAAGGAUUUAAUGAGAAAGAUUUGCAUCGGCUCCUAGAAAAGGUUGGCAGUCCAUCUGGUGUAGAUGAUCUAGACUGCAGUAGUGGGUGGCUGGAAGGGCCAAACAAGGUGUAUAUCCCUUUCCUGGCUUGCGGGGACCUUAGUGGAUACGAUUCUGACCGAUCAUAUCCUCUCCCUAGAGAUGCAGAAGGCGCAUACCAGAGCUUGGAUCCUGUUCAGCCACCGAUAGCGCCCCCAUACAAGAGAGCUCUUGAAAUGAAGAAAGCCUCCAGUCAUGGAAUGGGAGAUUUCAACAAGCUCUCCCUUGAUUCAUGACGGUAUUGUUAAUACCACUCGCGCCAUUUCUGCCUUGAAACGACGUCUAUAGAUCAGAAUGGAUACAACCAUCUUUUACCAUCUGCUAAUGAGAACACUGGCUGGCCGGACCGAUGGAAGACUGUUCAUGCGCCAAGAUUAAAACCAAUCUUGUACCCGUUUUAGGGGUUUAUGAAGAUGAUUCAUUAUCUAAUGAUGCUGUUGGGGAAGGUCCUUAUCUCCAUUACAAACUCUUCUUGUUUAAUCUUGUAUUGUUGGCAUCAUUUCUGUGCUUAGAUAUCUGGAAAUGUAUUUCAGGAAUUGGACUUAUAGGAUGAACUAUAUAUAUUUCUGGAUUCAAUUUCAUUAUUUGUAUGGUGGGUU